AUGGCUUCGGGGGAGCCCGAUGAUGCACUCCCUGAUUUCGCGGACUUUGAAGAUUCGGAGCUCCCGCAGGAAAACAGCUUCGCCAGCUUCGCGAACCUGGAUGAUGGCAAGUGGAAGUGCGACACCUGCUCCUUGCGUUGGGACGACAGCGCGAUUCAGUGCAAAGCUUGUGAAAGCUACAAGCCUGGCUUCUCUGCAGAAGAUGUAGCCAAGAUUGAGGCCGAGAAGGAAGUCCGCAAGGCCUCAACCAUAGCCAUGUUUCGAAGCUCAUCGGAUGCAAAACCGACAGGCUUUGGUUUCGGGGGCGGGGCCAGCACAAGUGGCACGGCCUUUGGCACAGGCACGGCUGGGUCAGUGGUUUUCGGCUUUGGCACAGGCACUCCUGCACAAGCCGGCGGCGCUGGCACAUCCGGAAGUUUUGGUGGUGGCUUUGGCAGCGGCUUCGGCAGUGGCUUUGGCCAGAGUGCCAGCGGCACAGAUUCUGCAGUUGCCAAGCAAAGGAGUUGGGCGAAGGUCUUGGACGAGGCGCCCGACUUCACUACGACCGAAAAGGUACCCGUCGGAGAUGUUUUUGUCCAUGGAAGUGGCGAAUGUGAUCAGCUAGGUCUUGGCGAUGAUAUGCGAGAGCGCAAGAAGCCCACGCUCUUGAAAUCCCUGAUCGGGAAAAGCAUCUGCGAAAUUGCAGUCGGUGCCAUGCAC